ACUGUGCUAACCAAUGUUCUGAAAAAGUUGCAAGCGUUAUCCCCCAUUCCCCCCCCCUUCUCCAACUCCUUCCUUCAGCAAACCCUAGCCUCCACCAAUAGUUGUCGCCGUCUGUUGGAUGAGAGACUGCUGCCGCCGUCCAUCGCACUCAAGAACUUCCGUCUUCGUGCUCUCGGGCCUCUCGCCGGAUCCUCCACGUCGGGUGCUCGCAUCUCGCCGUUCUCCUCUGUGCUCGGCUGCUCGCGCCUCCCUCCGCCAGUGAGUGCUCGAGCUGUGCGUGUUGGUUGCUGCUCGUCGUCCGUGGUUGUCUCUGCUCGAUUCUGCCUCCCAGUCUCACUCGAGUCUCGUCUCAGUCACUGGCAUCUCGUGGUUCGUCUGUCUCGUCGCCGGCGGCAGAAGCAACUCGUGGGGUUGUCUCUUGCUUCGUCGCCUUCCGUGGGGUGGUCGCCGACUCGCCGUUGACCGUUGACAAGUGGUUCUGAUUUUGGAAUCAACUAUGGACAAAUAGCCAACAAUCUUCCCUCUCCAUCACGUGUUGCUGUUCUAAAACGGUUCUUCCCUCUCCAUCUUGCAGACUGUGCUAACUGCUAACAGUGAAGCUCCGACGGACAAAGUCAUCAUCGCCGGCUCAGUUGGUCGCCAUUCGUCGCAACGGAUUGGCGAGGCUGAUCUAACGUCAUCUGAAACAGAUGCAGAUUUGAAGCACAGAACCAGGUCGCGAAAUUCGGGUCGGAUCUGCGGGUUGGACGCGUACGGUUCGGAUAAAAUCAGUUCAAUUCUAUUCCGCUCAUACAUUCCAAACACCCUGGGAGGAAUUGAAUUGAAUUGAAUAUCAUCAAAGGAAAUGAGGAUAGUUGGGUUGACCGGCGGAAUCGCAUCUGGGAAGAGCACCGUUUCCAAUCUCUUCAAGUCCCAUGGGGUUCCUGUUGUUGACGCUGAUGUCGUCGCUCGUGAUGCUUUGAAGAAAGGUAGCGGUGGAUGGAAAAAAGUUGUUGCAGCUUUUGGGGAGGAAAUCCUCCUUGAAAAUGGAGAAGUCAAUAGACCCAUGCUUGGCCAGAUUGUUUUCUCCGAUCCUGAUAAGCGCCAAUUUCUGAAUCGAUUACUGGCUCCCCAUAUAUCUUCUGGAAUCUUUUGGGAAGUGGUGAAGCUUUGGCUUAAGGGGUAUAAGGUUAUUGUUCUUGAUGUCCCAUUGUUGUUUGAGGCUAAGAUGGACAAGUUCACAAAGCCAAUUAUAGUUGUGUGGGUUGAUCCUGAAACACAGAUAAAGAGACUCAUGGGGAGAGACAAAUCAAGUGAGGAGGAUGCUGGGAACAGGAUCAAUGCUCAAAUGCCACUUGAUGUGAAGAGGAAUAAAGCAGAUGUAGUGAUAGAUAACACUGGAUCACUUGAUGAUUUGAAUGAACAGUUUCAGAAGGUUCUGAUUGAAGUGUCAAAACCCUUGACAUGGACUCAGUUUUGGCUUUCAAGGAAUGGAGCCUUGAUCAUACUUGCUUCAGUCACUUCGGGUGUUGUUUUGUGUAUAAAAGCACUUUCAUAGUCACUUGUGUUCUUCGGAAGGUUAAAUUUGAAUUUGUUAUUUUUAGCAUUUUAAAAGAUGAAUUUGUGUUCUAAUUCAUAAUUAUGAUGAGGUUGACCAGUGUUUUAACAUUGAUAUUAAUGAGAAGGUAGAUCUUGGAUGUGAAA